AUGGUUCUGGCUAAUCCUGGAACACAGCGUUUAGCACUCCAACUUUCGGUACCCAUAAAGUUUUUAAUUGAUUUCUCUUCAUUGCUUUCCCUCGUUUCCUUCCUGCUUCCAGUGUCCUGCCCGCCACCUCUAAAGCCACGAGAUUUCGUGCUGCAAAGAUCCUGGCUGGACACCGGACCCGAGGGAGAACAAAUGCUGCUGUCCAGAUCGGUGCCGCACAAAAACUAUCCGCCCAAGAAGGGAUACGUAAGAGCCACUUCCUACAUCACCGGCUUUGUGCUGCGAACCAACGACAACUCCAAGGCUGGCUGCAUCCUGAAGUACGUGGCGCACUGUGACCCCCAGGGAACGCUUCCGCCGUGGCUCGUCAACAAGGUCACCCACACGCUCGGACCGCGGAUGGUGAAAGAUCUCAAGAAGGCCGCCCUCGGCUAUGUGAGCUGGAAAAAUUCACAACCACAUCUGCGGAAACCGUGGCGCUUCCCGGAGGAAAUCAGCUGUCCGCGGAUAUCGAUUGAUGAUUGCCUUGAGGAAUCAGCUGUUCCAGUUCCCCGAAUGCUUCCCUCAACACCCUCAGUAGUAACAGCAGCAUCAGCAAAACCCUCAGUUAACGGAGAGGUGAGCACCGGUAGACCUUCAACGGUCAAUAGGAUUCUACCGAUCGCAAAAUCCACUGUUUCGACUCCAACGUCUCUACCAAAAAUCCCGGUCAGUACAACAGCCAGCGCUAAAUCAAGCCCAAGUCCAACAACUAUCAAAUCUGUGGUCGGCAGCAGUACCAGUCCUAGUAGUAGUAACGUUAACAACAACAUCAGCACUCCCGUAAAGGAGAAAAGCGACAGGAGAUGGUUGCUAAGGAGGGAUAAAUCGGAACAACCCAAACAAAACGGAAACCAAGCGAACGGGACGAAUGGAACUGCUGGAGGUAGCAGCAAAAAGGAAGACAAAAAACUUAAGAAAGAAAGCAAAGACGACAGCUGUGCAAAAGACCCGAACAAGAAGAAAGAGGGAGGCCUGAAGAAACGAAGAUCGUUGUUGAGUUUGAAAUUUUAGAUAGGCAGUUAACGAAUCAAAUUUUGUAGCAAGAUCAAAGAGGGGGAACAUGCGUGGGCAUGUGCCAAGAUAACGAAUUUCAAAUAGAACAGAACAUAAUUCUUUCAGUUUGUGUUUUCAACUCCAGAACAAGCAAUCCAUAUCAAGUAUUAAUAAGAAAGGAAUAUUAUUUCUACCAAACCAGUACAGUAAAAUAAUGCUAUUAUCAAACAAAACCGCUUAUUUGCCACCACUACAAAAAUAAAGGAUAUUACUGAGUCCAUUUCCAACCUUAAUUAAAACCUAUAACAGCUGCUUAACAGUUUCUAUGAAACGUGCUUUGAUCUUAUCGUGAAGAUAAAUCUAUGUAAUAUCAUUCAACUAUUUUAUUUUAACGAUGCACUUUUGAAAUAUUACAACCUAACUUCGUUGAUCGAUUUAUUUAAAAUAAUAAAUCUUUACAUCUAGCUUAAGAUAAAAAACAAAGUUUAAACGAAGCAAAUGUGGAGCAACAAAAGGUAACAAUUACUGUACAGAACAAUGUAGAUCGAAACAGCUGUUAUGAGAGAAUGUCGUUGUUAAUGUUGACAUACCAAUACUGUAGUAGUGUACACAAACGUUGACAUUUUUGUUCUUUUACCAACAAAACAAUACAUACAUCGUAGAGCAACUUUCUUUUGAUAAUUCGAUCGUCAAAUACCAAGUGAUACUAGUAGGACAGUUUGCGACAAAGAAAAGUGCCCGGCAUUCACGACGAAUGCACGGAAAAUCUUCCUUUCCAAUUUCAGUUCAGUAAAUGAAACCCUAACGUGAGUUCAACUAGUUUCCCAAUCAAUCCCCUUACUCUGUACAUUCAUCCUGAGGCCUUCAUUCUAGCUAUUUCAAAGCACUAAGCGAAAAACUAAUGAAACACAAAAAUCUAACCAAUGAGUGAAUUCGACUGUAUGAUCAAUUAUUGAAGAAGGUAGAUCGAACAUGUAGAUUAGUUUAGUUAACAAAUUCGAACUUAACAAUAAAACUAAACUCUUUACAAUCAAUUAUGAUAAACAAUGAAAAGUACUAGAAAGAAUCCAUUAGUUAGUUUUACUGAACCUCCUUUUUACACUAACUUACGUAGUUAUAAUCUAGUUACUGAAAACUAUUGGAGAAACAUCCGCAAAAAAAAAAACAAAUUAACCAACUACGUGUUGUGACAUAUUACGGAACCGAGGAAAAAAAACCCUAGGAUAGCCACGAAAUCAAGACAAGUAUACUUUACAAGGUAAAACUGAGAAUCAUUGAAGACUUUACUAAUUUAUGUCACCUUUAGCGCGUAAAGAGAAACUCGAUAUAGCGGUGAGUGCCAGAGAAAUUUGAAACAAGAUAAAAAUUAUUAAACAAAUUGUAGCAUUUCUGAUUUAUAUACCAUUCUUAUUGCAAACAUUGUGUAGCGUUGUUGCAUUUCAACUAAGUUGAGAAAGUGUCAGGAGACGGGAAUGUGUUAAUAAGUGAGUCUAUUGUGUAGGUACUGUAUUUAUAGGACGCGUUGGAAGCUAUGUUGCUCUUUGUACAGUUUGGUAACUAAGCUAACAUUCAAACAACUUCAACAACCGGUUGGUUGAACAAAAGUGUUUUCUGUUAUCUGUUGGCAGCAAUCGUUAAAUAAAUAAAGUUUUUAAACAUGUAA